AUGGUUCUAGAAAGGUGGACAACUAACCCACCGGAAUACUUCCUCCAAAACAUAGAGAUUUGGAUUCGCAUACGCCAUAAUCCGUUCAAUUUCUUUACCGCUGAAACUAUGCAUCAUCUUGCUUCUGAAGUGGGUAAGGUGGAGGAAAUUGCCUAUGAUCCUCAAGUGUCCCACACCAAGUUUUACAUAAGAUCGUUGGUUACUUUCAAUACUAACAAUCUGGCCAAAGCAUCUCGGAAACUCACUAUAAAAGGCGGGACUGUUACAAUUGAAUUUGAAUAUGGGAAGAUUCAUAAGGGAUGCUUCCAUUGUCUAAGGCUUACUCAUGAGAAGAUGAAAUGUCCGUUACUUAGAAGAGGAGGUAACAAAGAGCUAAAGACAAUUGAAACUCCAAUACUACCACAUGGCUAUCCGGUGCUAACUGAGAGAUUAGAUGGUCCACCGGGGUUUCCAAUACUUUUUCCUGAACUGACUAAUGAGGAUCGUAAGAUGGCUUUGUUAUACAUUUCUCAUUCUUAUGAAACUGAGAGAUUGGCUCGUAUUGAAUGA